CUUACGGUAACGUGCAACCGAUACCAUCAAAGGUGGUUGUUGUCAUUGAACGUGUUCGUUGGACGCGAAUUCGUUAGAGAAGUGUUUUCCUUCCCCAAAUUCGCUACGCGAGUGAGAGUUUCGAUUUGAGAUUAAUUUUUGAGCUACGGUUCCGCACCGCAUUGCCAUACAUGGGCGCUUCAGAAUCUACUUUCUCAAGCGAACAGACGCCUGGUGACGGAAUCACCACCAUAACGGAGCGAUCGGAAGCUUCUGACCCUAUUUUGGAGCGCCUUAAAUCUCUCAAAAUUACACCACCGAUAUUGACCUCUCCCCCAACAGAGGGUACUUUAACUGAUAUUUUGGUGAGGAAGCCUUCAUCGUCUUCGUUAUCAGCUACAGUGAAUCCCAAGGUUCUACUGGAGCUCUUCUCAAUGUACCGUGACUGGCAGGAGAAAAAGGCCCAAGAGAUAACCAAAAGACAGGAGGAUAUAGAAAACAAAAUUGAAGUUGCAGAUGCUUUGGCAAUCAAACUUCUUCAGCGAUAUAAUCAUUCAAAAUCUACAAUGAAGAGUGCUUCGCAGCAUCUAUCCGGAGUCCAUGCAUUGCAGGUGGAAAUUGGAGAGUUCAAAGGAAGAUUGACUGAAGUGAUCAGUAAUUGCGAUGCAUUGUGCAAGAGGAUUGAAACAGAGGGCUCAGAAUCUCUCCGGUCAUCUAUCAAACCUUUUUCUAUUGCUACGGCUGACCAAAAAACCGGCUCAAGUUCUUCUAAUUUGCAGACAGUUUCAAAAAUAAAUCAUCCACCUUCUGCCGAAGAAUAGUUUGAUUACCAAGUUUGAUUUUUGCUCAUAGUUUGAGAAGCUUCCUACAUUCUUAUCGAAUUUGAGGUGCUCGAGAUUCUGAAGAACGGUUGGAUCACAUUCACAUGAUAGACUAAUUUUUUAUGGGGCCAUGUUUUGGAGGGCAUGAAACUUCGCUUUGAUUGGGACCAAAUCAUGGCAACCACAGAGCAACCCAGCCACGUUUUGAUGCUUCUAUGGGAGCAAUGAUGUCCGUCACCGACACGCACAUAUUUGCUUUGGUUGCUAAUUGGAGGCAAAUAAUUGAAAGGACGAGAUAACAAAUGUGAUCGGAUCUAAAGUGAUAACAUUUGUCAUUUUUGGUUGGGUCUCUUAACAUCGUUGUUUCGACUUUUCGACAACGGUGAGAAUUUCAGUAUAAAUUAAGCACGUGAUCGUGUAAUUGUGCGACAUCUUGCCAACGUCUUUAUUGAUGUCAAACAAAUAUAUAUUGUCAUGUGCAAAUUAUGUCAGAUGUCAAAUAGAGAUGUUAAAAUCCUUUUGUUACAGUACACAAGUAUUAAUGAAAGUCCCCAUACAUUAGGCGA